CCAGUCAUAAAUCAAGGGCCACGUGUAGAUUGAUUAGCUAAGUGACAGAACAUCAAGAAGAACAUUUAAAAUAGGCAGUGGUAUUAAUUCCUACACUUGGUUGAAAUAAUUUGUGUCUCUGUGUUUUAAAUACAAGGUGGUAACGGAAUUAAGCUUAUCAUGGAGUUUCUUCCUUCUGGGAGCCUGAAAGAAUAUCUCCCUCGAAACAAAAGUAAAAUCUCCCUGAAACAACAACUGAAAUAUGCUGUGCAAAUCUGCAAGGGAAUGGAUUAUCUUGGAUCUCGACAGUAUGUUCAUCGAGACUUAGCAGCCAGAAAUGUUCUGGUUGAAAAUGAGCAGAGAGUAAAGAUUGGUGACUUUGGGCUGACUAAAGUGAUUGAAACUGAUAAGGAAUAUUACAAAGUGAAUGAUGAUCGAGACAGCCCUGUGUUCUG